AAAUGGCAGCCACCUAAAUUUUAUAAUGCAACGUAUAACAUAAUCUUUUUAAUAUGCCAAAAAUUACAAAUAUUAUCCCUUCUUCUCCUCCUCCAUGUCUGAACUAUAUUCAUUUUAGUCAUUUUACUUCUCUGACUUGUGCAACUAGCUGAUAUUUUUCUCUUUCUCUCUCUACAAAAAUCACCCAAAAAAAAAGAAGAAGAAGAAGAAGAAGAAAAACAAAAGUUGAGAAAAAAAUCAUGUCUUCCCCUAGCAAAAGGAGAGAGAUGGACUUGAUGAAGCUGAUGAUGAGUGAUUACAAGGUGGAAAUGAUUAAUGAUGGGAUGCAAGAAUUUUAUGUGCAUUUCCAUGGACCUGCUGAAAGUCCUUAUCAUGGUGGAGUUUGGAAAAUAAAGGUGGAACUUCCAGAUGCUUACCCAUAUAAAUCUCCGUCAAUUGGAUUUAUUAACAAAAUGUACCAUCCAAAUGUUGAUGAGAUGUCGGGUUCGGUUUGUUUAGAUGUUAUCAAUCAGACUUGGAGUCCCAUGUUUGAUUUGACAAACGUGUUUGAAGUGUUUCUUCCACAACUUCUCUUGUAUCCAAACCCAUCGGAUCCAUUGAAUGGGGAAGCAGCUGCCUUGAUGAUGCGAGACCGGACUGCUUAUGAACUAAGAGUUAAAGAAUAUUGUCAAAAAUAUGCUAAGCCGGAAGAUGUUGGAGCUGCCCCUGAGGAGAAGUCAAGUGAUGAGGAGUUAAGUGAAGCUGAUUACUCAGAUGAUGAAGCAAUGGCAGGCCCUGUUGAUCCAUAAUAAUACCUCCUUUAUCUCCGUUACUAUCUGUAUCUGUAAAUCAUGUUAUUUCAAGUUAAACUUCAUAGUUAAAGACUAUUCAUUGUGGGGGGGAUUCUAAAAGAAGCUCCCUUCUCCUGUUGGUUUAACGUCAAUGUAAAUAAUUUCUAUGUUUGAUUUC